AUGGGAAAGUUGGUUGCUCAGACUGAGAUCAAGUCUGAUGGAGAUGUGUUCCAUGAGAUCUUUAGGUACAGACCACACCACAUAAAAAAUAUGAGCCCCGGGAAUGUUCAGGGAGUAAUUAAUCAAUCGUACUGGUGUGUCAAUAUAGAUGGGAAAGAGAACGUUGCCAAAAAGAUGAUCCAAGCCAUUGAUGAAGAAAAGAAGUCGGUGACAUUCAAGUUGAUCGAAGGAGAUCUCAUGGAGCUGUACAAUACCUUCAUUGCAACUGUUCAUGUUGAUACAAAGGGUGAAAAUAACUUGGUGAAAUGGACUUUCGAGUUUGAGAAGUUGAAUGAGGGUGUGGAAGACCCAAAUACUUUGAUGAACUUAUGUCUCGCUAUCACCAAAGACAUUGAAGCCUACCAUCUUAAGUAA